AUGGCUGAUCCUGGAUUCAUCUCUGGAAUGAAUGGUUUCGCCAUUCAAUUGGCUGCAAGUCGGGUUACUCGAGACAUCAACGUUGCCAUCAGAUGCAGGAAAGAGUUGGACACCCUCAAAGUCCUUCUGCUCAAAAUUCAAUCAAUGAACAUGGAAAUGCAACAAUAUAGAAAAGCCUUAAACUCUUGCAGAUUGACUACAUCCCCUCACCACACGUUGCCCUCCACGGUCAACAGCUGGUUGGAGGAAUUGAAUGCUCUUCUGGAGGAAGCAUCUGAUUUGGCCCAGCACUGCACUGUACCCUCAUAUUCUCAUCUCUUUUCUGGCUAUAGAACAAGCAAAAAGAUCAGGCGACUCAUUGAGAACGUGGAAAAGCAUGUAGCCUCCACGCCUUCCGUUGCCUUUUUGCACCAAAUGCAGCAGCAGGUGACAAAUCAACAAGUGCUUGAGCAAAUUAAAGAGAAGGUGGAUUCUCUUAAUCUGCGUACCUCAGGAUUUGCCUGUACAUCUGGAGAUCCCAUUCCAUCCACUUCUUCAGCCAGUCCUAACAAGAAGUAUGUUGAGGAGGCACUUAUUGUCGGACAAGAUUCUGCAUCAAACAGACUUGUGGAGCUGAUUUAUUCACAGCAGCACAAAAACGUUUCUCGUUUCGGCCUUGCUGGGAAAGGCGGGGCCGGUAAGACUCUACUACUUAAACGAGUCUUCAACAGUGACCAGGUACAGAGUCUCUUUCGCACUGACUUGAUGCUUUGGCUUACUAUUUCACAAAAUCCAUCUUUCAGUACCCUUAGAAAUGAUCUUGUGAAACAAAUAGCUCUUAAAGUAAAUGAAAUAUUGGACAGUAGAGAUGAAGACCGUGUGAAAACUUGGCUGAAUGAAACCAUGAGAAAACACAAGUUUGCCCUGUUUUUAGACGAUGUUUGGGAAACAAGUGCAACAUCCUUCGAGGGAGUUUUGCCUAUGGGCAUCGACCAAGAAAUAGCGAGGCGUGUAUGCAACGAGUGCGGGGGUCUUCCCUUGGCCCUUAAAGUAGUCGGGCAGGCAAUGGCGGGAAUCACACAGUCAAAUGAAUGGGAAUUGGCAGUCAAGAGAUUGCAGAAUGAUGUUACAAACUCGCUAUAUGGAAAGUUGAGACUAAGUUACGAUGCUAUGGCCGAUCUGGCUGGCUAUGGCAUUUCCUUGCAGUUGUGCUUUCUCUGCCUCGCUGCUUAG